AUGGGCCAGCAGGUGGGCCGCGUCGGCGAGCCGGGUGCCGCCGCGCUUCAACAUCAGCCGCCGCCGCCACCGCAACAGCAGCAGCUGCCUCUUUCCCAGCCACAGUCUCAACCCAGAGGGCUUCGUGGGAGUAAUAGCAGCGGGAGUAGGCCUGCCAGCCGGAGGCGAGAAGCGGCCGCUCCGCGAGCUGCCGACAGCGGCUUCAAUAUCUUCACCCAGCACGAGGCUCUCCACCGCCCCUUUGGUUGUGACACUGAACCACAGGCACUGAAUGAAGCUAUCAGGUGGAGUUCCAAGGAGAACCUUCUAGGAGCCACUGAGAGUGACCCCAAUCUUUUUGUUGCACUUUAUGAUUUUGUAGCAAGUGGUGACAACACACUCAGCAUCACUAAAGGUAAACAUAAUUGCCUCCUAUUUAUACAUAUGAGAGCAUGUAUGAAUAAUGGACAAGGAUGGGUGCCAAGUAACUACAUCACUCCAGUAAACAGCCUGGAGAAGCAUUCCUGGUAUCAUGGACCAGUAUCACGCAGUGCAGCUGAAUAUCUGUUGAGCAGCCUCAUUAAUGGCAGCUUCCUUGUUCGAGAAAGUGAGAGCAGCCCAGGACAGCUGUCAAUCUCGCUCAGGUACGAGGGACGUGUUUACCACUACAGGAUCAAUACCACCACAGAUGGCAAGGUAUAUGUGACAGCUGAAAGUCGCUUUAACACAUUGGCAGAACUAGUUCACCACCACUCAACGGUAGCUGAUGGCCUCGUAACAACUUUGCACUACCCAGCACCCAAGUGCAAUAAGCCCACAGUCUAUGGAGUGUCACCCAUCCAUGACAAAUGGGAGAUGGAACGAACAGAUAUCACCAUGAAGCACAAACUCGGUGGAGGACAAUAUGGUGAAGUGUAUGUUGGGGUAUGGAAGAAAUAUAACCUUACAGUUGCAGUGAAAACACUCAAGGAGGAUACUAUGGAGGUAGAGGAAUUUUUGAAAGAAGCUUCUGUUAUGAAGGAAAUCAAGCAUCCAAAUCUAGUACAAUUAUUAGGUGUAUGCACCCUAGAACCCCCUUUUUAUAUAAUAACUGAAUAUAUGCCCUAUGGGAACCUGCUGGACUACCUACGAGAGUGCAGUCGGGAAGAAGUGACUGCUGUUGUCUUGCUGUACAUGGCUACCCAAAUAUCUUCUGCGAUGGAGUACCUGGAGAAGAAGAAUUUCAUUCAUAGGGAUCUAGCAGCUCGGAAUUGUUUGGUGGGAGAAAAUCACGUGGUGAAAGUAGCUGAUUUUGGAUUAAGCAGACUGAUGACGGGAGAUACGUAUACAGCUCAUGCUGGAGCAAAGUUUCCCAUCAAAUGGACAGCACCGGAAAGUCUGGCCUACAACACAUUCUCAAUCAAAUCAGAUGUUUGGGCUUUUGGAGUAUUGUUGUGGGAGAUUGCAACUUAUGGAAUGUCCCCCUAUCCCGGCAUUGACCUUUCUCAAGUUUAUGAUCUAUUGGAGAAAGGUUACAGGAUGGAACAACCUGAAGGUUGCCCACCAAAGGUCUAUGAACUUAUGAGAGCAUGCUGGAAAUGGAGUCCCCUAGAUAGACCUUCAUUUGCUGAAACUCACCAAGCUUUUGAAACCAUGUUUCAUGAUUCUAGCAUUUCUGAAGAAGUGGCAGAAGAACUUGGAAGGACCUCAUCCUCUUCUUCAGUAGUUCCAUAUUUGCCUCGAUUACCUAUUCUCCCUUCCAAGACUAGAACUUUAAAAAAGCAAACAGAAAACAAAGAGAAUAUUGAAGGAGCUCAGGAGAUCAUAGAGCAUUCUGCAUCCAGUUCUGCUCCAGGUUUUAUCAGAAGCACACAGCAGACCAGCGGAUCCCCAGCACUACCUCGUAAACAGAGAGACAAGUCACCGAGUGGCCUGUUAGAAGAUACUAGGGAAACUACCUUUACCAGAGACAGAAAAGGUGGUUUCUUUAGCUCGUUUAUGAAAAAGAAAAAUGCCCCCACACCUCCCAAACGCAGCAGUUCCUUCCGUGAAAUGGAAAACCAGGCUCAUAAGAAGUACGAAUUAAUGGGUAAUUUUUCCGGAGCUGGUCCAUUGCAGCAUAUUGAUGGAUUUUCAUUUGCUCCCUCCCAGCAAGAUGGAAAUCUUUGCUUAUCCAAGUGUUAUAUUGGGAGCUUUGCACAGCGGAACAUCUAUGGGGAAGAUGGUGGUGGCAGCAGCAGUGGGGGCACCAGCAUUGGUAGCGGUUGGUCAGGCCUCACAGGCUUCUUUACACCUCGCCUGAUUAAAAAGACAUUUGGCUUACGAGCUGGGAGGCCCACUGGAGGUGAUGAAACUUCAAAACCUUUUCCCCGAUCAAACUCCACAUCUUCCAUGUCUGCAGGUCUUCCUGACCAGGAGAGAAUGGCAAUGACUCUUCCCCGAAAUUGCCACAGGUCCAAAGUUCAACUGGAAAGGACAGUAUCCACUUCCUCCGAGCCCGAGGAGAACGCAGACAAGUCCAGUGAUCUUCUCCCUAAAAGGUGUGAAGAUACUCAUACGCUGACCAGAAGCCGACCAAAAGCUAAACUGCUGCCGAGGGGUGCUACUGCUGUUCCUCUCAGAACUCCUUCUGUGGACACAUCUGUUUUAGAGAAGGAUUGUCAAGGGCCAACAGCAGCAGCCAGCCUGAAAAGCAAAGAAAAAAACAGUGGGCUACGACAAGGUUCAGUAGAAGGGGAAGAAAAACCAGGCUGGCCUUCUCCGGCCAAGGCUGUAGCAAUACUUCCAACUACUCACAAUCACAAAGUGCCCGUUCUCAUCUCACCUACUCUAAAGCAUACACCAGCUGAGGUGCAGCUCAUUGGCACAGACUCUCAGGGGAAUCGAUUCAAGCUCUUAUCUGAGCAUCAGAGCACUGCUUCUAGUGACAGGGAUAGACCCAGACGGAUAAAACCAAAGUGUGCUCCACCGCCACCCCCACCACCCCCACAAGCAGUCCUGAGGCUCCUCCAUCAGCCUCCAGGUACCUCAGAUACAGUAGAAGAGUUGGAUAAUGGAGCAUUGGUACAGCCUGGGCAAGAUAGUGAGGGCAGCAAAAAGGUAACAGUGGCACCUACUGGUGGAAAAGCUGGAAGGCCAGUAAUACCUCCACCUCAAGUGCCUUUGCCAUUGCCUUCGUCACCUGCUAAAAUGGCAAAUGGCACAGCAGGAGCUAAAAUUGCUCUGAGAAAGACCAAACAGACAGCUGAGAGAAUCUCAGCAGACAAGAUCAGCAAAGAGGCGCUUCUGGAAUGUGCAGACCUCCUCUCCAGUGCCAUUGCAGAGCCUACCACAAAUAGCCAGCUGGUGGAUACUGGGCACCAACUAUUAGAUUACUGUUCAGGUUAUGUGGAUUGCAUCCCCCAAACGCGCAACAAGUUUGCCUUUCGGGAAGCUGUAAGCAAACUGGAACUUAGCCUGCAGGAACUGCAGGUGUCCUCGAUGGCUGCUAAUCUUCCUGGAGCAAAUCCUGUCCUUAAUAACUUAUUGUCUUGUGUUCAAGAAAUCAGUGAUGUUGUUCAGAGGUAG